GUACAAGAGCUCCCAUAACUUAAGUGCGGGUCUUGUCUGCAGCACUGGAGAGUCGAGACAAACUUGUUAGUUUGAUUGUGACCAUCUACUAUGAUGGGCGUGAAUAUUUGUUGUCUUUUCUGGUGACGUUAUGCUCUUCAAAUUCGUCAUGCAUGUUUUCUGCGUUUCCCUGCAUGUAUCAUAUACUUAUCCCAUGGUGUAUAUAUAUAGCUUCCGUCGUGCGAGCAUUCGUAAUGCUUCCGUGGUUUAAACAGAAAUUUACCCAUAAUUUCCCCACAAUAUCAUUGUCCAUUACGCUGACAACCCCAGCUGUCACAUCCUCCAGCUAUGAAGCUGGAAGUCCCGCAUGUUCAAGAAAACCUUCUCGUUACAUAUGGAGCUGGAGGCACAAAAUAUACUGUUCGCCCGACGCUCAACAGAUUGUUCGUUAUCAUUCUUCCGUUAGCCUUGGCUGCAGCCUUGGGAUAUACCACAUACGUCGCCCACCGUCAUGACUCCCUUUACACUGCUUUUGCUGCACUGGACAACCGAGUUGCCAAACUACCAGUGAUGGGCUAUAACACUUGGAACGCAUACCAUUGUGACAUAGAUGAGGAUCUCAUCUUACAAAACGCACAGCUGAUGAAAUCGCUGAACUUAGCGGACGCUGGGUAUACUUAUGUCAACAUUGAUGAUUGUUACUCAGAGAGAAGCAGAAACGAUGAGGGUGAUAUUGUUGAAGAUGCGACAAAGUUUCCGUCCGGAAUGAAGGCGCUCACAGACAAAAUUCAUAAUCUUGGGCUGAAAGCUGGCAUUUACAGUGAUUCGGGUUGGUUCACAUGCCAACUAUACCCUGGCUCAUUCCAGAACGAGGCAAGAGACGCGAAACGCUUUCAUGACUGGGGUUUCGACUAUCUCAAAUAUGAUAACUGUGCUGUUCCAUUUGACAACAUCACUCGGGAGAAUAUUAUGGGAAGAUAUGAACGUAUGGCAAACGCCAUUGCUGAUUUUUCACUAUCAUCUGGAACACCACCCUUAAUUUUGUCCAUGUGCCAGUGGGGAAGGGAGCAAGGCUGGACUUGGGCCCGCAGAUAUGGGCAAAGUUGGAGGACUACUGACGAUAUUGGUAAGCGUUCGACCCCCCGAAACCUCUCACUGAGGAAGCAACUGAUUGGUGAGCAAGAACCGAACUGGCAAUCAAUCGCCAAAAUAUUAAACCAAAACUCGUUCUAUACGUGGGCAACUGAUUUUUACGGCCAUAAUGACAUGGAUAUCCUUGAAAUUGGUAAUGGCCCCCUAACGUACGAAGAAGCGAAGUCCCAUUUUACUGCGUGGGCGCUUUUGAAAUCACCUUUACUUAUCGGCACUCAUCUUGCUUCUGCUACCAAAGAAACUCUUGAGAUUCUGACCAAUCCAGAAAUCAUCGCGAUCCAUCAAGACUCGGUUGUGGGCACUAGCAUCUCACCUUUCCGGUGGGGCAUCAAUCCUAAUUGGGUCAGCAACGACACACAUCCCGCACAAUAUUGGAGCGGAGAGAGUCAGAAUGGGACGGUGUUCAUGCUCUUGAACACGCUGGAUGAACCCGCCGACAUGUUCUUCAGGCUGACUGAAUCACCGUGGAUCCGAGCUGGCAGGCAAUACACUGUCCGGGACCUUUGGACGCAUACAGACAACGGGACUGCAGUUCGCAACUUUACGGCGCACGCUGUUCCGCCGCACGGUGUUGUGGCAUUGCUCCUCCAAGACGCGGGUAACGAGCCGGAUGGCUUGUGGCCGCCCUGUGCUGUGUUGGAGUGGUGCAUGAAUUCUAACGGGACUCGUAUCGACGAAUGAGUUCUGAGGGCGCUCUUUUCCAAGUGAUGUAUACGAGUCUUGUAUCACCAUUGUAUGUUGACAAUAUUUCAUUGAACCUUGUAUGAAUAAAGGGCGACAGAAUUGUCUUUCGUGCCACGCUCAAGUCAUUACUGUCCACAU